AUAUUUGAGCCUUAUUUUUCCACCACCGAUUGCUUUCACAUUCAUGAGUACUACUAAGUCAAUGGUCUAUGAUCACUCGUAUAUAGGUUAUAUCAAAUAAAAGAAGUUAUAUAUAGCUAUCAAGGCAGCAAGUGAAAUAGUAGACUUGUGAACAUGGAGGUCUCAAAGUCUUCAGAAGUCUUUUUUUCUAAAAUGAGGUCUCAAAGCAUUUUCUCAUUUCUCUUAGCCCUGCUUUACUUUUCUAACUCAGCACACACAAUCAGAUUCUACAUCAUAAACAACUGCCCCCACACCGUCUGGGCAGCCGCCAUUCCCGGCGGCGGCAGGCAGCUGAUCUCGGGCGAAACAUGGAUCCUUGACGUGAAUCAGAGCACGAAAGGGGCUCGCAUAUGGGCUCGGACGGGUUGUAGAUUCGAUGAGGAUGGACGAGGCAAAUGUGACACCGGCGACUGCGGGGGCGUUCUCGAUUGCCAAAGCUACGGACAGCCGCCGAACACGUUGGCCGAGUACGUGCUGACACAGGACAACAAGUUAGAGUUCUUCGACAUCUCGCUGGUAGAAGGGUUCAAUGUCCCCAUGGAGUUUAGUCCCACGUUGCUCGGUGCCCAUGUGGACUACAGUAUCGUGGCGAUGUGCACAACAGGGAUCAAGUGCGUGGCGAACAUAACCAAAGAAUGCCCAGCUGAGUUGAGGGCCGCCACUGGAGGCUGCCACAACCCCUGCACUGUGUUUAAAACUGCCGAGUAUUGUUGUACUUCCGGUAGUUGUGGACCAACUGGUUAUUCGAGGUUCUUCAAGGAACGUUGUCCUGAUGCUAAUAGUUACCCCAAGGAUGAUGCCACCCUCUCCUUUACCUGCUAUGGAUGGAUUAACUAUAACGUUGUCUUCUGCCCAUCAGAAAACUUAAUCGGAUUCAACAUCACAAAUAAUUGCUCCUUCGAUGUCUGGGCAGCCGCCAUGCCCGGUGGCGGCAAGCAUCUAAGCCCGGGGAAAACAUGGGGCCUUGAUGUGAUCUCGGGCACAGAAGGCCGCAUCUGGGCCAGGACAGGCUGUGUCUUUAACUCGACGGGGCAGGGCAGGUGCGCCAGUGGAGACUGCGACGGUGUCCUCGAAUGCCAAAGCAAAGGUCGGGCCCCUCACACCCUGGCCGAAUACUCGCUAAACAAGGUCAAGGCUCUUGAUUUCAGGGACAUCUCAGUCAUCGACUUGGACAUCUCACUCAUCGAGGGCUUCAACAUCCCCAUGGAAAUUAGUCCCAGGUCAACUAAUCAGUGCGACCGACGUGUGAAGUGCGCGGCAGACAUCAAUGGGUUGUGUCCGAUGGAGUUGAGAGACCCCGCAGGGUGUAACAAUCCUUGUACUGUGUUUGGUAAUGACCAGUUUUGUUGUAGAUCUGGGGAUGGGAGGUGUGAGCCAACAAGUUAUUCUAAGUAUUUUAAGGAUCAUUGCCCUGAUGUUAUUACUUAUCCUCGAGAUUAUAAUUCAACAAGCUCAUAUAGUUGCCCAAAUGGGACUAACUACAACGUUGUCUUUUGCCCUUAGAAGUUUUUCUUCCCAUUCAUACAUAAAUAUGUUUGAUAUCAAAAAAAAAAAUAGAGAUAUCAUGGCAAUAUUGAUUAUCCUAUUAAUUAAUAUGA